AUGAGGAGUCGGUCAUCUCUGAAGAAAUUUCGGAAUCGGAUAUUUCUGGGCCUCCUGGUCAUCUGUACUGUCAGUUUUUUGCUGCACAAUUUGAACCAGUAUAACUGGACCAUGGAAGCCUUCCAUCUUGGAUGCCCGACCGGUCGCUCUAUGAAGCCUAAGCACACCAACAUUGUCUUCCUCAAGACCCACAAAACAGCCAGCAGCACAUUGCAGAAUAUACUGUUUAGAUUUACUGAGAACAACAACCUGAAAAUGGCAAUGCCUGUACUAAGAUGUGAUGUUCAGUUUUGUUACCCACAAUUCUUCUCCUCUAAGUUUGUUCAACCGGAAACACUGCCAGCAAAUAUGAUCACCAGCCACAUGCGCUUCAAUAAGACUGCACUGCAACGCCUGAUGCCAAAUGAUACAAUAUACAUCACGAUCUUGAGAGAGCCAGCUUCCAUGUUUGAAUCUUUGUUCACUUACUACACCUGUCACAGUAAAAGCCUCAGGAGGGCCCCAAAUUACUCUCUGGAGGCCUUCUUAGCAGACCCCUUACAAUAUUACCGGCCAAACGAGACAGAUUCUAUGUAUGCACGCAACACCUUGACCUUUGACUUGGGUGGAAACAACAGUCGGCCAGAUAUGACUUAUGCUCAGGCCUUUGUGACAGAGGUGGAAAAAGUUUUCUCCUUGGUGAUGAUUUCUGAGUAUUUUGAUGAAUCUUUAGUUCUUCUUCGUCGUCUCCUUUCUUGGGAUUUGGAUGAUAUUGUAUAUGUCAAGCUCAACAUGCGAACAGAAAGUUCCAAAAAAAUUCUGCCACCAAGUCUCUCUGCAAAGAUUCGUACCUGGAAUUCAAUAGAUGCAUACCUUUAUGACUACUUUAAUGCCUCAUUAUGGGUCAAACUAUCAGCUCUAGGUCUAGACUGUGUAGCGAAGGAGGUGUAUCUUCUUCGACUGGCCCAAGAGAGACUAAUGAAAAGAUGUUUUGGGGAGAAAACACCAGUUCCUCUUUCAGGUUCUGUGAUCAAAAACAAGGAUCUUCGCCCCUGGCAGCCCAGUAAAAAUGUUAAAAUAGCAAGUUACAAUCUCCCAUCAAAAAUCAGUAAAGAGACAAAGAGGAUCUGCCUUAAGUACAUCACUCCAGAGAUCACGUACGCUCGAAAGCUUCUCAAUUCCCAGUUAGAGCAGCAUGGUAACAGCUCACAGCUUUGGACUUUAAAGGAGUCAGACAAACCUCGACGUUUAUGCACCAACCUGCCUCGUCACUGUCAGGUUCAUUGCAGACAACCACCACACUCUAAUACUUCAAGUCCAGUAUCUACAACAAAGUCCAAGUUUACAGCAAACCUAAGUCGCAGGUAUAUCAAAGUCAGGACCUAA